AUGGCAGAAGUUGUUUCUGAAGAUCUCAAAAUUGUGUUUUGGAACUGUAGAAGUAUUAGAGCCAGGAUCGAAGAAAUUCCCAAAAUUCUCAAGCAUAUUAACAUUUUAGUGUGUGUAGAAUCACAGCUGAAUAAUAUCGACGCUAGCCUACAUUUCCCUGGAUUCAAGACCCUGAGAAAAGAUCGUCUACAUAAACAAGGAGGUGGAAUUAUUGUCUUCAUUAAGAACAAUUUAGCGUAUAAAGAGAUCGAUGGCGCGCUUUCUCUUAAUCAAGCUUUCGAAUAUCUAAUAUUUAAAAUCACUAACGUCACCCUUAAUCUUGUUAUUCAUGCGUACUACAGAGCUCCAGGUAAUCAGCAUUUGCAAAACGAAUGGAACUCUAUUUUUGAAACCAUUGAUGAUAAUGAAUAUACUUUAAUAAUGGGCGAUUUUAAUGCUCACCAUACGUCAUGGAACUGUGGUAACUCUGACAAUAAUGGUGAAUAUCUUCAUUCGGCUUACGUAAAUUCCGAUACUUUCUUGCACAAUUUCGAUACUCACACUUAUUUUCACCCUAAUUCGAACUAUGUUUCAAAUCUUGAUCUAAUAUUUUCGUCGAACAAUUUCGCUUAUAAAGUAAAUGUUUUAGUCAAUGAUGAAACCUGGGGCUCGGAUCAUUUUCCUAUUUUUAUUGACAUUAACAUUAACAAAAGCAUUUAUCGCAAAAAAACGCACAACCUCAAAUCCAUUCGUACCGAUUGGGAUAAAGUUUCAAAUUAUCUUGAAAAUAGCUUCGAAAAUUUUUUUAAAUUAGAAUAUGUCUCAGCCGAGCCUAACACUAAGUACUCUAUUUUUAUUGAAAUUGUAACGAAUGCUAUUAAAGCAAAUACACCUGUAAAGAGAAUCGUUAAUAACAAAAACCAUCGCAAUCCGGUUCCCUGGUGGGAUUCGGACUGCGACAGGGUUAAAAGACUCAGAAGAGCUGCGUUCAAAAAGUUGCGUUUCUCUAAAAAACAACAUGAUUUUAUCGAAUAUAAGAAAGCAGUUGCAGUGGCUCAUAAGACAUUUAAAACAAAAAAAAGAGCAAAUUUUCGUAAUUUCGCCGAAAGGCUCAACUUCAACAUUAAUCAAAAUUACGUCUGGAAUAAAUCCAAGUUGCUUAAAAAUAAAUGGGUUAAAAUUACCCCUAACAGCUCCUCCGAAAACCACCAGAACAAUGAUCUUAUUAACGAUUGUCUAGAUCGUAUCAGUCCAACUUGGUGUCAAAACAAUCCGGAUGUUGUACCUAACUGCCAACCCAAACUCUACUCGAAUCCUUGCUCAAUUUUGCUGAAUUCAACGCGGCUCUCAGCAGUAAAAGUACUCGUUCGUCAUGCGGUGUCGACGGCUUAG